GGGCUCCCUGCCAGGGGUGUUGGCCCAGCUGGAAGCGCUGGAAGCUCGGGAUCGCCGGGAAGCCAUGGAGCAGGAGGAGAGGGAGCAGCGGGAAGAGAGGGCGGCCCUGCUGGAAUCCCGAGCGCGGGAAUUGCGGCUCCGGAGGGACGAGCUGCGGGAAAAGCUGGAGCGGCUGGAAAAGGGGGAGCUCGGGAAAGCGGGAAUGCCGUCGGAUCCGGCUCAUCCCAACCCUCAGGCCGUCCUGGAGUGGAGGAUCCGGAGCCUCAAGGCCCUGCUCCAGGUUUUCCACCUCACAGGGAUCUCUGGGAAGCUCUCCAAGCGGGGGCUGUGCCUGACCCUCAGCACCUCCUACGAGGGAUCCCACCUGGAUUCCUUCCACCUGGAGCUGCUGCUCCGGCCGGAAGUUCGGAUCCAGCGUCAUUCCAUCCCCGCCUUCAUCCCUCUGGAGCAGCUUUCCCGGCGCUUCCUGGCCACGGAUCUCCGGCGCUUCCUGGCCCUGCUCUCCCAGCACCUGGAGGGAUAUUCCGGCAGGAGAUUCCAGGCUGACCAAUUCCAGGUGCUCCCGGGAGCUGGGAGGGCUCGGGAAUGCCCACAGGGAUUUGGGUUUCCCAAAGGGGGGAGUUCGGUUUUCCGGGAAAAGCGGGAGAGCUGAGGGGAGUUCAGCUGGAGAAGGGAAGGAUCCCGGGAG